GGUAGUGCAGCGAGGUUUUAACGCAUUAGCAUGGGGUUUCUCGGACGAGGGAAGGGGUCACACAACACUGUCAAGCGAGAGGGAGGUAUUCACGCAUCAACACGGAAAUCGAAUAGUGGUGACUCCUAUGGAUCGAAGCGAGAUCAGCAUGGACGUUCAGGACGUAGCAAUAGCCGGGAACGCUCAUCACACGGUCGAGACCGUCACAGAAGUCGGGAUCGUUCGCGUUCACCGUUAAGAACACAGUAUUCAAAAGAUAUUCCGGCUACUGAAUCCUUGCGAAUUACUGUUGGUAAUGACAUCUAUAAGGAGAAAACCAGGAGUCCAUUAUCAGGAAGACUUGGCCCCCCUGUUGACAGUUCCCCAUAUAAUGACUUACCAAAUAAUCAUCGCAAAUCUGACACAGAUUCUUUUAACAAGUUUGAUGGUUAUAAUCAAGAGGCCAAAUACUAUGAGCAUGGAGACCGAAGACAUGACAGGGAUUUUGCAAUAGGAAGGAGUGGAGGGUAUGAUUCUAACAGACAGAGAAAUAGAGAAUAUCCAAGUGACAGAUAUGAAGAAAGGAACAUAGAUCUUAACAGAGAUGUACGAGGCAGAUACAACAGAUACAGUGGGGAUGAAAGGUACAAAGAAGACACCAAUCACAGAAGAGGAGGAAGCAUUGAUAGAAGAGGAAAUAACAGGGAUAGUUUGGAGCGUCAGGGUGGAUAUAGGGAACCAGAAAGUGACAGCUUUUUUAGAGAUGUUGAUCACAGGCAUGAUACUGAAGACAGAACUGAAAGAGAACUCUUAGGUGGACACAGAGAUUUACCAAAUAGGGAUGACUAUCAGAAUAUAAACAGGUCAAGUUCAGAUGAUUUGAGACCUACAUUUCCUCUUAUACCUCCUACACCAAAACCUUUAAAAUCUAUUUUGAAAAAGAAGUCUUCAUCAGAAGAAACUUCAACUAACCAGACCACAAAUCCAUCUGCAAUGGAAGAGAAGAAUUUGUUUCCUAUCAUGCGUCAAACACCUGUGUUGGAUAAACAGGGAACAGAUGCAAGGAUACAACAUAACAAUGAAAAGACCAUUGGUGGCACGCUUUUCAAUGAUCAGCAAUCAAGUGAUGGUAGAGGAAACUCUAGAUCUGGAUUACCAGGAAUGUCCUCUUACAUGGAUAUCGAAGAUGAGGAAAAAUUCUUGUAUGGCGACGAUGACUUUGAUUUGGAAAAAGGCAAUUUGAACAAGAUUGGCUCAAAACCCUCAGUUGAGUCCAAAUAUAGAUCAGAGGAUGCAUUUUACACUGAAGUAGAUCAUAGACAUGUACAGCCAGAUUCUUAUUCAAAAGAUGAUCGCUUCAGUAGAUUGUCAUCUUCUGUUGGGCAGAGAAAUUAUGCAGAUUCUCGUCAAACACAGGAUCAAGAAAGAAAUUUAGACUCAUGUUUCUUGGAUCAUCAAAUUGUUGACCAGCCCAGCAGACCCACUGCAGAAGACCAACUGCGUUCAUCUGUUUCUUCUUUCCUUGAGGACCAAAGAUUGAAGCAUAAUUCAUACCCUUCUGCUAUAAGAGAUAUCACCUCAGUGCAGGAAAAACCUGUAACUGUUCAACCUCCAGCCUUUACUCAAGCUUUUAAGCCAGACUUGUUAAGUUUAUUCACCUCUGGGAAUGAAUUGCCUACAAUCCUACAACCUACUCCACAACCUUCCCAAAAUGCUUCUACAUCCCAAGAACCUAUCCAUAUACCGCAAACCAUCCCAUAUACAAGCCAGGUUUCUACAGAGGAGCCAAAACAAAAAUAUGAUCCUACGAUAGAAAAUAUUCUAAAAUCCAUAGGAUUUGACUUUGAAAUGUCAAGAAGAAUGCAAGAAAAGGCAAGCAAUUCAACACCAAUUCAGAAACCAAAGAAGGAAGAGGAACAGUUUGGUAUCAAUCAGACUGCAUCCUUUUUAGAAGGGGGAAUUUCUGAUGAUAUCAAAGCCAAGCUCUUCAAGAAAAAAGAAGAAUCAAUAGUUGAUAUUUUGAUGCGAGAAGCAAAAGUAGGUCCACCAAAGUCAACUGAGAGGAAACAUGACCAUGAAAAUGAAACUAGAGAAAGGUACAAAAAGAUGGAACAAAAACCUUCAGAACAGGAAAGACGUUCAGAAACUUACAAGAGAGAAAGAACCAGGGAGAAAGAUUUCUUAGAUAUGGAAAGGAAGAGAGCAUCAGUGGAACAAUUGAAAAAAUCAUCAAGUGACAUGUUUGAUGAGUCUACAUAUGAAGAUCCAACUCUGUCCUCGGAGAAUCUGUCAUCUGGUAUAUCUUUCCAAAGACAGAUUCCACGUUCGGAUACACAGUAUUCUGUCUAUUCUGGAGCAACAUCAUAUUCACAACCAGCAUAUCCACCUGGUUUGUCUGACUACACAAAUUCAUCCUCAGCAUCUUCUACACAGACAAAUCAAGGAGCUAUUCCUCCUUAUUCUGGAGCAAAUGUGGGGUCAAUGUAUAAUGCACCUCCCCCAUAUGGGUAUGGGCCUCCUCCCCAAAGUUUUGAUUCUGGUUCUUAUUCCAGCUAUGGAAAUUACCCACCUCAAAGUACCCCAUUUCAUCCCACUCAUAAUCCACCUCCUGGCCAAAUCUUCCAUGGUCCACCUCCCACUCAUGGUCCACCCCCAGCACCUCAUAGCAUACCCCCUCAAAUGAGAAAGCCUGUCACUACAGACCACCAGUCAACUGUAAAUAAAGACGAAAUGCAGGAAGAAAUCCUGGAGAAAAAGACAAUCACCAUCGAGAAAAAAACAGUAACAAUUUCCCCAAAAGAAACCAACAGAACUGUUCUUCCUCCUAAAAUUGAUAAACCAAAAGGUCCUCCUGAAAAGCAGACAGCAGAUUCUCCUCAAAAGGUGCUCACACCAAAAGAAAGAAAUGCUUUAUUAAAAGAAAGGGAACAGAGACGUCAGAAGAUUGAAUCUUUGGAAGCAGAAUUACAAAAAUUGAGGAAACAGCAAAAUGAAAUGAUGAGAAAGAUACGCAGACAAAAAGAUGGACAUAAAGAUCCAGUGCUGCUGCAGAAUAACAAACUGCAGGAUGACAUAUCUGCACAAAUAUCAAAACUUCGAAAAGCUGCUGAGGAAAAUUCAAAGAUUUUGAAAGAGUGUAAAAUUGAUCCAAAUCAUAAACCUGAAAUUGAAAAAGACGGAGCUUCGGCAGAAGAUGCUAAGGAAAGUAAAGGUGUACGGAGCAAUGAGGAGUUACAGAAACGAAAGAAAAAUCAACAGGCACGUGUUAAGAAGUACGAGUUUUUUGAUCCUGGAGGUCACUGGUGUAAAGUGUGUAACACAGAAUCUGGUAGUGUAUACAGCGUUCUUCAACAUCUACAUGGAAAAAAACAUCAGCAGGCUAUGAAUCCUUAUGAUCGACCAUGGGUCCCUAGGACAAUGAAGACCCCACAAAAACAUAACAAAAAUGAUCACCUAGCAGUGCUGCCAGUUAAAGGCCAAGAAUUCUUGGUGCCUUGUAAGGCUUUCUACUGCACUUUAUGCAAGGAAUUUGCUGGGGAUGAGGCUUGUGCUGACUUUCACAUCAAGACAGAAAGCCACUAUCAAAACUACUUGAAACAUGUGGAAAAAAACGAGUUUUAUGAGCAGAAGAGGACACUGGAUAAAGCUGCAGGUCGCACGGAAAGCAAAGAUGUGAAGCCUGUGAAAAAGGAAGACCGCCGGGAAGAUAAAAAAGAAAAAAAUGAGCAAAGGAAGCAACGAGUGCAGGAGAAGGAAAAGUUGUGGGAAAAACCAGUGGCUGAAUUAGGCAUAGAACAAGCAUCUAAAAAACCAAAAUUAUCACCAAUUGAACAGAAGGAUAUUAAGACGGUGAAAUCUAGUGAGGGAUUUGGCAAGUUCACUUUCUCCACUAGUGACAAAGAAAAGAGCAAGAAUGAAGAUGAUAACAGUGAAGAACAGGAAAAGAAAGAUAGUGAAGCUGGGCAAGAGAGUAAAGGCAAGAUUGCCAUUAAUAUUAUCAACAAGAUGGGUAUAAAACCUGUUCCUGGUGUCAAAAUUACAGGGAAGAAAAACCCAUUGCUGCCGCCUUGGACUCCCGUUUCAAAACCGGAUGUUCAGAAACAAGCAGCUGGGGCUGGUAAGGUUGAAGCUUUCCCACUGAGGAAAGGUGGAGGAAAAACAGAUCAUUCAGGAGGAAAGCAAACGCCUCUGGACAUGUUUCUAACACUAGAAGAUAAAUCCAAACCAUUACCAGUAAUGAAGGACAAGCCGAAGGUGACAGCUCAGGAUAUACUCAAAGCUUUUACAGGAAAACUCAAGGACGAUAACACAGACACAGCAGAAAAAAAGACUGAUGAUAGAGUGAAAGAAAAGACAUAUGCAGUGAAGGAAAAAGAGAAGACAUUGACAUCUGCACAGAAAGAAGAGCUAGAAGAUUUGAAGUUGCUUGGUAUUGACCCUCUUUCUGAGAAACCAUUAGCUGAGAAGAAAACACCACCACCACCUUCACAGAACCUUUCCUUGCCACCAAUCAGACAAAUACCGUCUGGGGGUGUUGAAGCUCAGGAAAAAGGAAAGUGGAUCUGAAUCAGAAAAGUCAAUGGUCAAGAGUGACAACAUAAAGGCAGAGAAAAGAUGGUUGAAGAUCGCUUACAUAUAUAGAAGCAACAGCAAAAAGAUACCAAUUAUGACUAAGAGUAUAUUGUCCGAAUCAACAGGAGAUCUACAUGAAAACAGCAUGAAAAAUUGCUCCAUUUGUUUGGUCGAAAUUGCCUUUGAAAGAGGCUAGGCAACUCUAAUAGAAUGGGCUGGGCAGUGGUCUUGAUGGAAUACUUCAUAGAUUAAAGUAAACAGCACCAUUUAAUUGGUCAAAAUUUAUUUGAAGAGAAGCUGUCCAAGGUACACUACGCUACAUGAAGAAAUUUGAAGAUGUUGGUUGCGUAUAGAGUCACUGAAGACUUCAAGUAAAACCUCUUUGAAGAAUGUCACAAUUUGGAAUAGUUUAACUCCUAUUAUCAGGUAAUAGCGACAACAGACAAGCCAUAGACGCCUCUGAUGAGAAAAAGAAUUGAACAGAAGAUGGAGUGCCCUGGUGUUGCCAGAUAUGAUGACCAAUGACAACAAAGGAAACCGCAGAAUUAGCACCAAAUUGCAUAGAGGUUAGCGAAACAGAAGAGGUGCACUCAAGGAGAUGAGACACUUCAACAUCAAAAAGAUUGUGAUUUCAGCAGUGAGAGUGAUAUUCCAAAUGAAUUGACUGCUUAGUAGAUGGAUUACAGCUUAAUGUUGUGUUAUUAGGAUGUAAUUAUUGCACUGUAGCCAUAUUUAGAUACACAUACUUGUCUGCCUGAUGCUAGUUGAGAGUUCUUUUGUAAUAUACUCACAGAAGUGACGAAGGUGUAUCACAUACAAGCAACUGUUUGUUUUCUAAACAGAUGGGGAUGUUGAUAGUCAUUGAGUAAGGUUAACUAAGGGACAGAAAACUUCAAAUCCAUACGGAAGGUCUCCAUGAAGGACAUGUGAUUCUGUUACCAUAUGAAGCUCUGUAAAAUCCGCAGUCCACAGAAACCAAGAAGGAAAUCAGCUCCUGGUCACGAUAUUGUGUGUGAUUUGUUACCAUAUGGAGUACAUGGAACCUGGUGAAGAUGAAGUAGAUCAAGUCAAGAGGUCAAGUAGAAGCACGUGCCCAGAUGAUAAGAUUUGCGUGGAAUAAGUAUCAAAAGGGAGGGCCUUUGCUUGAUGGAAAACAGAAUUCGUUGUUUAAUGUCAGGAUUUAGAAUACGAGGUUAAAGUGGCUAAAAAAGUCCCGAAACGAAAUUGCAAUUUGGACGAAUGAAUUGUCAAACCUUCAGUAUUGAAUGACAAGGCUAAGUUUGACUGCGUCAUUACACAGAUAUAGAACUGAUAUUAA